UAUUAUAAUCAUGUUUAAAUAUAUUUAGGUUCAAGCUCGCCAUGAAUUUCAAUCCCUCGGAUAAUGGAGACGUGAUACUUGCGUAUUGCUCAGAAACUGAUGAGGGUGUUGGUGACUUUGUAGCUGUUGUGAUAAAGGAUCGACACGUUGAAUUUCGUUUUGAUGCAGGAAGUGGAACGGCUGUGGUAAGAUCGAAUUACAUUAUUCAACCGGGUGUUUGGACCAAGGUCACGAUCUAUCGAGAUUUUAAAAGUGGAAAAUUAUCGGUUAAUGGUGAGAGAUACGUUAAGGGACAUUCGCCUGGAACUGCUAAACUAGUAACGUUAAAUACUCCUGUUUAUAUUGGAGGUGUCAACAGGACUAAAAUCAAAAUAAGUAAGAAUGUCAAUGUAACAAGACAUUUUCAUGGCUGCAUCAAUGAGUUGGCGAUAUAUGGAGAAGAUUUACACCUGUUAAACUCGACAAUUGACCUAGCUAACAUUGAAGACUGUGAAAUACCAGCAAUACCUUGGAGUCACAGUUCACCACUUCCAACUGUUCCAAUAUUCCGUCACGAAACUCCGUCGCCCUCAGUAAUUUACACAUCGAUGACUCCUGUCUACAAUCCAUGUGAUGAGAAUCCAUGUCAACAUGGGCUCUGCCAAAUUUCUGACAGCUACAAUGGCUAUUCUUGCACGUGUGAAUAUGGAUACGUGGGAAUUAAUUGUGAAAAUGUGCUUAGACAAUGCGAAAUGCUGAAACCUUGUAAAAAUGGAGGGAGUUGUUUGGAAAUGCGUGGAGCUUAUAAAUGCGAUUGUCCACUUCGGUUUACUGGCAACAGUUGUGAAAAACAGGUAGAAAUAGCUUAUGAUGUCGCAUUCAGAGGAGACGGCUGGUUGGAACUGGAUCGUACUGUGAUGACACAUGAGGAAGAACGUGAAGUAAUGGGCUUUGAGAUAUCGACUAACAGAACUCAUGGGCUGAUAAUGUGGCAUGGGCAGCCGGCGAACGAUCUUAACCCAGAUGAUUACAUUGCUCUUGGAAUUAUUGAUGGAUACAUCGAGUAUCAGUAUAAUUUGGGCUCAGGUCCAGCUUUAAUUCGCGUAACAUCCCAGCGUGUGGACGACGGUGAACGCCACAGAAUAAUUCUGAAACGUCAAGGUACCGAUGGUAGUAUUGAAUUAAAUGGUGAGCAUACCGAGAGUGGUGUUAGCGAUGGAUUAAAGCGAAUACUUAAUGCACGUGGCAACGUAUAUCUCGGUGGUGUGCCGGAUUAUGCCAUGACAUAUGGAAGAUACUACAGCGGCUUGUCUGGCUGUAUUUAUACACUCGAAGUUCAGGACUCGGGUGCUAUUGAUAUUGGGGAAAAGUCUAUUAGGGGAAAAAAUGUUUUUCCCUGUACGCGAGUAAGAUGGAAUCCCUCCUCUUUGGUAUUCACUGACAGUGAUACUGACGGUUUCGAUGCAUUCAUACCACCUCCACCCGUCAACAUAAUCCACCCAAAACCUACUGUUAAUUUAGCUUCAUACUAUUCUAAAAAUUGCAAUCCCCGGAUUAUGAUUCAGCUAAUGUGCAAUAGUCUUAUCGCUGCAACAGUGCCUCGCAAUGUCUUGACGGUCUCAAUGAAUAUAAUCCUAGGAAAUUUCGUUGAAUAUUGGUUAAUCUAUUAUUAGAUAUUCUAUUGCUUUGUUGAUUAUUUCAAGAUUUACGAUGGAACGGAAAAAGUCUAGAUAUUCAAUGCUUGAUCAAAUAUCCCUGGAAAUGCAUAUCAGGUGUGAAGGAACGUGUGAUUAAAAGGUAGCCAGGGAUCUUAGUUGAACAGAGAAAUAGCAUUUUUUUGUGCGAGUUAUGUCAAUACAGAUUUAUUUUAAAAAAGAUGAUAAUGUUUAUAUAUCGACAAGAUCUUCCAAGGCGGGGCGAAUGGAGAUAGUAAUGUGGUAAUUAAGUGAUUCGCUUUUAACUCUAUACCCGUGCUUUAAAAUUAUCAAACAAAUUCGUCUAAUCGAUGUGCAUAUCGUACAUUAUAGAAGAAUAUAAGCGUAAAAAUUGAUUCUAUGCUGAAAGGGGCUGCAAGCAGAAAAGAAACGGUGUAAAGUUGAUGACGAGGAAAAUUAAUGUACCACUGGAGAUUUCCCCAGCGAUCCAAAUGCUCCAUGUUCCUCUGUGCUCUCCAAAUAUUGAAACCCUAUGAAAAAUUACAUUCUUCUACUAACGCUCGGACAUUUAAUUUUACACUGAGAAAACUUACAUUAAAAUUAUGAAAGUAUUUUUGCAAAUAGAGGUAUUUUUAAAGAUAAUUUUAAAUAGUUCGUGAUGAUUUUUUUAUUGGAAUAGAAACGUCAUAGUCCAGUAGUAAAUAGGUUUUUGCUUUUUAGACGUGAAUAAAAUUUCAUCAGUGUAAAAAUAAAUAUGAGUAUAGCUUACGCUAAUUGCCCACUUUUAUACAACUAUUCAAAGUUAUGUAGACGCCUACGAUUUGCAUGACAUGAGUUGCCUGUAAUUUUUUAAAACGAUACAACAAUAAGACGACAAAAAAAUACUCAAUACGCAUUUUUGACAUUUUACUGUACUGAAGAAGGAGACAAAAUUUUCGUAUGUAUUCAUUGAAGAAUUUUAUACAUUGCGCAGAAGAUGAACAAGAAGGACAGCAGAAUACCUCUGAUUUAAUAAUUAACUGGGAAGUGCGGAUAAUAAUUUUUUCACUGCCAGUGUUUCAUUUACAAUAUUCUGAGUAAUCAAAAAUUUACACAUGAAAUAGAAUCUCCCAUUUUUGUUGCUUCAGUUGAUAAUGGAACCCAUGAGGAUUGCACACAAGUGAGCGAUCAAUUUAUUCAUUAAUUAGUUCUUCUUUUUGAACGUAUUGGAAUAAAAAAACUUCAGUAAUUAUGAUAGAUGCAAUUAAAAAUUGUGAAAGUAUGCAAUGCAAGUGGCGAAUAUGACAACAAAAACAUAAUGAAAGUGUAGCUGAUACUGUUAUGUAUAAAUUAUAUAAAUUGAAAGGACAAUAAAUAUAGUUUUGAUAAAUAAUCUAUUGAUUCAUUUAAAUCCAAUAUUUAUUUGAAGAUACAGUUAGAUGUCAGAAACAUGUUAAUAACAAUAAAAUUUUGAAGAUAGUUGUGACACGUCUAGGGGAGGAUCAGCAAGUGUUGUCAUCGAGACUGUUCAUCAAUAGGGCCAUAUCAUCUGUCAGUGUAACAAUUUCAUUGAAUAUCAGUUGUUCGAAUGUGGAAAAAAAAUAAUUAUUUACCAUAAUUACUUUAUUAAUAUCCUCUUCUAUCAUCGCUGACUCCAAUACUUCCAUGCAGAGGUCCAAGACUUCCAGAGAGUCUGCCAGAGUCGGCCACGUAUACGAGGGCCAGAGUUGCAGCAAAGAAUGCCAAUUUCAAUACUUUCACGAAGGCCAUUUUAAAA